AUGAUUACCCGUGUUUUUCUAGCGCUGCUGUUCGCCUGUAGCGCCUGGGUCCUGCAGGUCCUCAUCAAGGGGCUCACCGGCCCGCUCCGCAAGAUCCCGGGGCCCUGGUACACGCGCUUCACCAACCUGCCGCUCAAAUGGGCGACGAUGAAGGGGCGGCGCAACUACUUCAUCGACGACCUCCACCGACACUACGGCGACGUGGUGCGCAUCGCGCCGGGCGAGAUCGCCUUCAACAACCCCGAGCUCUUCCGCGAGGUGCACCGGCACGGCCGCGGGUUCCGCAAGGCCGGCUGGUACCGCAAGUUCACGGGAUACAUGGAAGCGAAUGAUGAGGACUGCGCGCUGUUCGCCAUGCUGGACCCCCGGCCGCACGGGCAGCGCCGCAAGGUGUACGCCAGGGCGUUCAGCAAGACGGAGAUCAGGAAGCACUGGGAGGACGAGAUCAGGGAGAAGAUCGAGCUGGCGGUGGAGAGGAUGAGCGAUGAUGCGGGCGCGGAUGCGAGGGGCGAGGUCGAUGUGAUGAAGUGGUGGGUGCUGAUGGCGUCGGAUGUCAGUUCGAAGAUUACGUUUGGAGAGAGCUUCGACAAUCUGCACGUCGGAAAGAAAAACGACUACAUCGUCGCCCUAGAAGCCAACGCCAAAGCGGCCGGCAUCGGCGCCGAGAUGCCCAUCCUCAAAUACAUCCCCCUCCCGGCCCUCCGCAAGCUCUUCUCGGCGCAGCAGAGCACGCUCGACUGGGCAGCCAAGACGGUCGACAACAGCCGCAAGACGGGCAGCGCGGGCGUGGGCAACAUCUUCACCAGCAUCUUCGCCGAGGCCGAGAAGGAGGGCACCGGCGGCAGCUGCAACCUGUCCGACAUGGUCCUCACGCGCGAGGCCCGCAGCUUCAUCAUCGCCGGCUCCGACACCACCGCCGUCACCCUCACCUUCCUCGUCUGGUGCGUGCUGGCCCGCCCCCAGCUGCACGCCGCCCUGCUGGACGAGCUGCGCCAAGAGAAGGAGAGCUGUGGUGGUGUCGACGCCCGCUUCGCCUCCGACCGCCUCGAGCAGCUGCCGCUGCUGAAUGCCAUCAUUCACGAGACGCUGCGUUUGUAUGGCGCCGCGCCGGGGAGUCUGCCCAGGAAGACGCCGCCUGGCGGCGCGACGGUGGGAGGCAUGUACAUUCCGGAUACGGCGGUGCUGUCGACGCAGUCGUGGUCGCUGCAUCGGCAUCCGGGCAUUUGGGAUAGGCCUGAUGAGUUCGACGCCACUCGCUGGCUGAAAGAAGGCGGCAUGUCAGAUGAGGCAAAGGCCGCGUACAACCCCUUCGGUGGCGGCGCGAGGGUGUGCAUCGGUCAGCACAUUGCCGAGAUGGAGCUGAGGUGCGCCGUCGCGACCUUCUUCUGGCGCUACCCGAAGGCGAGGCUGGCGCCUAGCACGACGGAUGAGAGCAUGCGCCCGGUGUACUUCUUCAUUAUCAACCCGCAGGCGCAUGAGUGCAGGUGA